AUGUUUUUGGCUAUUAUUCGUCUUUCAAUCAUCUUAGGCAUCGCUCUGGCAGUAUGCGAGGCUAGCUAUGUUUUAUGUCUUCAAAGGGUUCCUAUCCAUUCGUGUGCAUCAAUGCGCUGUGCUGUAAUUGGCGAUGCUGCCUCUAGCGAGCACCAUCCAUGUGACUGCUUUAAAAUCGAGAACGUGUCGGGUAAAAAGAAAAAAUGGUAUAAGAUCGAAUUACCCCAUGGAAAUCAUGGCUUUGUAACCAAUGACCAUUGUUCUGGCAACGUUCCACAAUGUUAA